GCUUUCGUAACUACUCCCCCCACGCCCGCCCCGCCCCGCCCCACCCCGCCCUCGCUGGGGUCUCCACGGCGUUCUGCCGGUCCCUACUCCAUGCUCUGAGCUCGGCUCCUCCUCUCAGCCGGGAAGCUGAGAGCCCGGCCUUUUCGCGGGCUCAGGGCGGGCGGGCUUCCCUGAGGCUCCCCAGCCCGAGUGCCGGACGAGCGCGGGCUGAGGAGCUGCGAGUGAAGCGGCGCAGCGGACGAGUUAGGGGCCGGUGUGUUUUGUGGACGGCGCCUUCCCAGAUAGCCCAGGAGAGCCCAGCCCAGCGCCGGACAGCUUUCGACGCUAUGUUCCGCCGGACCUUCAGUCGUUUUUGUGCUGGAGAAGAGAAACGAGUUGGUACACGCACAGUGUUUGUUGGCAAUCAUCCAAUUUCAGAAACCGAAGCUUACAUUGCACAAAGAUUUUGCGAUAAUAGAAUAGUCUCAUCUAAGUAUACACUUUGGAAUUUUCUCCCAAAGAAUCUAUUUGAACAGUUUAGAAGAAUUGCAAAUUUUUAUUUUCUCAUCAUUUUCCUCGUACAGGUCACAGUAGACACACCAACUAGCCCAGUUACCAGUGGACUUCCACUUUUCUUUGUUAUAACUGUUACAGCCAUCAAACAGGGAUAUGAGGAUUGGUUGAGACACAGAGCUGACAAUGAAGUCAACAAAAGCACUGUUUAUAUUAUUGAAAAUGCAAAACGAGUGAGAAAAGAAAGUGAAAAAAUAAAGGUUGGUGAUGUAGUAGAAGUACAGGCAGAUGAAACUUUUCCCUGUGAUCUUAUUCUUUUAUCAUCCUGCACCACUGAUGGAACCUGUUAUGUCACAACAGCCAGCCUUGAUGGGGAAUCCAAUUGCAAGACACAUUAUGCAGUACGGGAUACCAUAACACUGUGUACAGCUGAAUCCAUUGAUACCCUCCGAGCAGCAAUUGAAUGUGAACAGCCUCAACCUGACCUCUACAAAUUUGUUGGACGAAUCAAUAUCUAUAGUAACAGUCUUGAGGCUGUUGCGAGGUCUUUGGGCCCUGAAAAUCUGUUGCUGAAAGGAGCUACACUAAAAAAUACCAAGAAGAUAUAUGGAGUUGCUGUUUACACUGGGAUGGAAACGAAAAUGGCUUUGAACUACCAAGGGAAAUCUCAAAAACGGUCUGCUGUCGAAAAGUCCAUUAAUGCCUUCCUGAUUGUGUAUUUAUUUAUCUUACUUACCAAAGCUGCAGUAUGCACUACUCUAAAGUAUGUUUGGCAAAGUACUCCACACAAUGAUGAACCAUGGUAUAACCAAAAAACUCAGAAAGAGCGAGAGACUUUAAAGGUUUUGAAAAUGUUCACUGACUUCUUAUCAUUUAUGGUUCUGUUCAACUUUAUCAUUCCUGUCUCCAUGUAUGUCACGGUAGAAAUGCAGAAAUUCUUGGGCUCCUUCUUCAUCUCAUGGGAUAAGGACUUUUAUGAUGAAGAAAUUAAUGAAGGAGCCCUGGUUAAUACAUCAGACCUUAAUGAAGAACUUGGUCAGGUGGAUUAUGUAUUUACAGAUAAAACUGGAACACUCACUGAAAACACCAUGGAAUUCAUUGAGUGCUGCAUAGAUGGACACAAGUAUAAAAGUGUAACUCAGGAAGUUGAUGGAUUGUCUCAAACUGAUGGACCUUUAACAUAUUUUGACAAAGCAGAUAAGAAUCGAGAAGAGCUAUUUCUGCGUGCCUUGUGUUUGUGUCAUACUGUAGAAAUUAAAACAAAUGAUGCUGUUGAUGGAGUUACAGAGUCAGCUGAAUUAACCUAUAUUUCCUCUUCACCAGAUGAAAUAGCUUUAGUGAAAGGAGCUAAAAGGUACGGGUUCACAUAUUUAGGAAAUCGGAAUGGACUUAUGAGAGUAGAGAACCAAAGAAAAGAAAUAGAAGAGUAUGAACUUCUUCACACCUUAAACUUUGAUUCUGUUCGCCGACGAAUGAGUGUAAUUGUAAAGACUCAACGAGGAGAUAUACUUCUUUUUUGCAAAGGAGCAGAUUCAGCUAUUUUUCCCAGGGUGCAAAAUCAUGAAAUUGAGUUAACCAAAGCUCAUGUGGAACGUAAUGCAAUGGAUGGAUAUCGGACACUCUGUGUAGCCUUCAAAGAAAUUGCUCCAGAUGAUUAUGAAAGGAUUAACAGACAGCUCUUAGAGGCAAAAAUGGCCUUACAAGACAGAGAAGAAAAAAUGGAAAAGGUUUUUGAUGAUAUUGAGACGAACAUGAAUUUAAUUGGAGCCACUGCAGUGGAAGACAAGCUUCAAGAUCAAGCUGCCGAGACCAUUGAAGCUCUGCAUGCAGCAGGCCUGAAAGUCUGGGUGCUCACUGGAGACAAGAUGGAGACAGCAAAAUCCACAUGCUAUGCCUGCCGCCUUUUUCAAACCAGUACUGAGCUCUUGGAACUAACCACAAAAACCAUUGAAGAAAGUGAAAGGAAGGAAGAUCGAUUACAUGAAUUGUUGAUAGAAUAUCGUAAGAAGUUGCUACAUGAAUUUCCUAAAAGUACUAGAAGCCUUAAAAAAGCAUGGACAGAACAUCAGGAAUAUGGAUUAAUUAUUGAUGGCUCCACAUUGUCACUUAUCCUAAAUUCUAGUCAAGAUUCUGGCUCAAACAAUUAUAAAAGCAUUUUUCUACAAAUUUGCAUGAAGUGCACCGCGGUGCUAUGCUGCCGGAUGGCACCAUUACAAAAAGCCCAGAUUGUCAGAAUGGUGAAGAAUUUAAAAGGCAGUCCAAUAACACUGUCAAUAGGUGAUGGUGCCAAUGAUGUUAGUAUGAUCUUGGAAUCCCAUGUGGGAAUAGGUAUUAAAGGUAAAGAAGGUCGCCAAGCAGCCAGGAAUAGUGAUUAUUCUGUUCCAAAGUUUAAACAUUUAAAGAAACUGCUGUUGGCUCAUGGACAUCUAUAUUAUGUGAGAAUAGCACACCUUGUACAGUAUUUCUUCUAUAAGAACCUUUGUUUCAUUUUACCACAGUUUUUAUACCAGUUCUUCUGUGGAUUCUCACAACAGCCCCUGUAUGAUGCUGCUUAUCUUACAAUGUACAAUAUCUGCUUCACUUCCCUGCCCAUUCUGGCUUACAGUUUACUGGAACAGCACAUCAACAUUGACACACUGACCUCAGACCCCCGGUUGUAUAUGAAAAUUACUGGUAAUGCCAUGCUACAGUUGGGCCCCUUCUUAUAUUGGACAUUUCUGGCUGCCUUUGAAGGGACAGUGUUCUUCUUUGGGACUUACUUUCUUUUUCAGACUGCGUCCCUGGAAGAAAAUGGAAAGGUGUAUGGAAACUGGACUUUUGGAACCAUUGUUUUUACAGUCUUAGUAUUCACUGUAACCCUGAAGCUUGCCUUGGAUACUCGAUUCUGGACAUGGAUAAAUCACUUUGUGAUUUGGGGUUCUUUAGCCUUUUAUGUAUUUUUCUCAUUCUUCUGGGGAGGAAUUAUUUGGCCUUUUCUCAAACAACAGAGAAUGUAUUUCGUAUUUGCUCAAAUGCUGUCUUCUGUAUCCACAUGGUUGGCCAUAAUUCUUCUAAUAUUUAUCAGCCUUUUCCCUGAGAUUCUCCUGAUAGUAUUAAAGAAUGUAAAAAGAAGAACUGCUAGGAGAAAUCUGAGCUGUAGAAGGGCAUCUGACUCAUUAUCCGCCAGACCUUCAGUCAGACCUCUUCUUUUACGAACAUUCUCAGACGAAUCUAAUAUAUUGUAACAGAAUCCGAAUCUUGAGCUGCCUAUGUUAUUGUCCUACAAGCAUAUUGACAGUGGUUACAGCUAAAAGAGAAAGCGUGAAGAAACAACUACAAAAAGUUAUCAUCUCAGGAUACUCCAUAUGCAACAAACUAAACCACUCUCUUAUGUCUAGGGUUAAGAUUAAAUAUCCAUUAAAAUACCAAAUGACUCUCUUAAGCAUUUACCGUUAUUGUAAGUAUCCCUUAUGACCAGAGCUAUAAGUUAAGAAUUACAUGAAAGUUGAAAGCAAGACUACUUAGAUUUCUGCCUUUAGAUAGAAUAAUAUAACUACCAAAUGGGUGCUCUUUUAACCCAUUGACUUUGUGAAUGGAUUUAAGUACAAUAGUAUAAAGUAGAAGUCAUGUAACGGGAAUGAAUAGAUUUUGCUAAUACAGUAUUACUUUUUUUGCCUGGCAGAAAACAUAGUCUGUUUGGAUCACAUUUCUUGUUCCUGCUGAAUGAUCAUCUUAAAUUAUUGUUUUUUCAAACAUACAAAGGAAUACUUGAAAAUAAAGAACUAAAUGGUAUUGAUGCAUCAGAUAGAAUAGUUAGUUCAUCUUUUCUGUUAACCCACAUGCUAAUUGUAUCUUGGCAUAACAUGCUUGCCAAAAAAUACCUUGAACACGUUUGUGAAAGUGUUAACUCUGGAUAUUAUUGUGGGAACAGAAAAAAUGGUUUAUUUUGUUUUUUCCCUCUGAAUUAAACUCCACUUAUGGAUGUAAGGCCUCUAGACUUGAAAAUAAAGCAUACGACAUUUCAAUUACUUAAUAGCCCCUGAAAAUAAGAUAUAAGCAGAUUUUUCCAAUGUCAGUUUUACAGGAAUCUGAAGUAAGGUGGGCAAAACCAUAGUUAUGCAAAAAUAAAGGUCAUUCUGAACAUUAGCCUUUUAUAAUUUUAUAUGGAGAAGAAAGAAAUAUAGCUGAUUUAAACUAUUAACAGUUUUUAUUUUAAAGAGGUUGCAUUGAUGCAUAUAUAAAGCACUUUUUUUGGUCAAUUUGGGAAGGGUAGAGAUCCAUCCCAUGACAGUGGUUCAGCCUGUAUAGGAGCCAUGACUCUGUGAAUAUGAAUGUUGUUUCUAGUAGCUAACUUGACCAGGGUCCUGGUCUAACUAUAAACCAUGAGAUUGACCUUGGUAUAGUCCUCAACCUGCUGGACUAAAAGGAGAUUUUAGCCUCCUAACGAGUUCACUUAAAAUAUAAAAAUAAAUGUGAAAUGUCUUUUCAAUGUUAAAAUUAAACACACACUUUUUUGGAUACAAAUGAUCAUAUUUGACUGCUACAUUUUAAAAGUCUUUAAAACAUAUUCAUAUCAUUUUCCAUUUUUUUGUUUGUCUUUCUGGUACGCCUAUACUGUUACCAGUAUUUAUAUUAUAUUUGGUUUUGGAAAAGUAUUGGAUUCAGUCUGUACCAAUAUAUUUAUAUAGUCCAUAUGGCACAUUUGAUUGUUCUGUAUAUGUUUUGUGUUAAUGUUUAGGUGUAAUUUUUCUUAUAUUAUAGAAAGUACAUAAUUUCAGUUAUCAGAAACCAUUCCAUCAUUAUUCUCCCUUCAUUAUUUCAUUUGUUCUCAUCCAUCAGUGUUAUUUUUUUGAGUAUUUUGUUAUGAUAUCAUUCACAGCUUACUUAAGUAUGCUGUGUUCUGGUAACCUGUAUUUAAGGUGAUCUACGGAAAACAGUCUUUAUAUUCUUUGCCUAUUCCAAAGAGCUAAAAAAGUCUAACCCAGGAAAGCUUGUGAGUUUGGUUCUUGUUCUCGUUCUUGUUCUUAAAGGUGUUGUUCCUGUAUUGUUAUUAUUGUUUUACUUAAGAACCAUAGGGACUGUGAAUACAGACAAGAGAGCCACAGUAAAAGUUUAUUUAAUGCAGAACCAUUGGAAAGUUGACAUAUUCAGAGUAUCCAGGGUAGUAGAAAUAUAACUGGUUGCGUAUAAAAUUCCUUGCAGCCAGGAAUAAAGUUGGAUGAGAGGAGUAAGGGGAAUUUCAAGUCAUGUCUCACCUCUAUGUGAUACUGUACACUCAGCUCAAAUAAAAUAAGGCCAUGAUGUAUAAUAUCAUGGCCUAGAUUCUUGAAGGGGACCUGGCUUUUGUUUUUGAAAGAUAUUUUAUUAAUGAGCUAAAAAAUGGCCAGCAUGGAAUUAGUAUGUGGACUAACUUGAUAUAAGCUGUCCAGUAUUCCUAACACUACAAUCCAACCACGCUAUUUUGUGACAAAGGAGAAAAAUGUUAGAGUAGGAUCAAAUACCCAUAAUUUGAGUAAUUUUGAGCUAUCAAAAUGUCCUUGUAAUUUUCACAACUGUUGUCCAUUGUUUGAUGAUGUUACCUAUUAAAAUGAAAAUAUUCAUUUCUUAUCUAUAAUAUAUACACCAGCAACAAUAUAAAUGUAACCCUAAAUUUGCAAAAUCCCUAAUAAUUUAGUGAUGGAAUUUUUUAAUAACAUACAGUGUAUAAAUGUGCAGAUUUUAUGCAAAUAUUAACAGUCAUUUUUCAGCUUGCAAAAUGGACCUGCAAUAUUACAUUUUCCACUUACACAAUUUUUUACAUCUAUGUUUUUGCUUUCUAAAAUGAAUGUGAAUGCCAUCUUUUAUGAAUGCAACUUGCCUUUUUCAUUACAGAAAUUUUUGUUUGAUGUAAUCAAUAAACUUUGGUAUGAUAUGAUGGA